AUGGUGAGUAUGAUUGUUAAUAUGAUAGGUCAAAACUACCGUUUUGGAUACAGAGCUGCUGGUGAUGCAACGGACCUGGUACAAUUAUGCAAGGAGUAUGGCAUUGGAGCUUAUAUCAUAAAUCCCGUCAUGCACAAGAACCAUUUCCACUUGUUCUUCAAUUUUUCUUCUCUCUGUGAGGACGCCUUGAGGAAUUAUAAGUUCGACUCUGUAAAGGGAUUUCUUUUUGAUUGGCUGCUGGGAUCAGGCUGUCAAUUAGUUGGACAGCCUGAUUUUGAAUUCUUCAAUACAAAACGUUUACCCCUAAACUGGUGGAUGCAAAAAUUUGUUUCUAGGUUUUGUGGGUAG